CAUCACUUCUUGCUCAUGCCAUUGCCUCCUACUUCUCUUCAUUUCUCUCAUUAUCUUUGUCUCUCUUGUUUCCACCUACACAAACAUUUAACUGCAAAACUUAAUUUCACAAAACAAAACACUCUGUUUUCCUCUGUCAUUCCCCUGAUUUAGCUUUAAACAGAACACUCUGUUUUCCCCUGUCAUUCCCCACCACAUGGCUGCAAUUGUGUUCAACGGUUUUCAGUCACGCAUGGAGUCCCAGCUCGCCGAGUCAAGAUUACACAAGCUUAUUCGCUUGCCUUCACCAAAACCACUCACCCCUCCUCAACCCAUUGAUUUACCUUUCAAAUCAUGUUUUUGGGAGACAAAAACAGAAGAAAACAAUCUCAAAACUGAAAAUUUCCACCAUAACACCAUGCCCUCCAUCGCCAACACUAACCAGUGUGCUUUUAGCUCCAUUCAAUCUCUUUCCCCUGUUUCUCGAGGUCCUAAAGAACCCACCUAUGUCCACCCUCAAGUGAAGAAGUCAUCACUGCGACUUAGCCUCAGGAGUUUGGAGCUGUGCACUGAGAAUUUAGGGAAUGAGACAGGCUCAGAUGAUGUCACGGACAUUGACAUUGACAUGCUCUGUUUUGGAACAGGGGAGCAGAGCAAAAAACCACGUCAAGUUUUGGAAACUAAGAAAGUUAAACCCCAGAACUUUCCACCUCCUUUGACAACAAUGAGGGGAUCAGAGUCUCUGCGAGUGAGGCCACACAGAGAAGGUGGGAGAUUGGUGAUCGAGGUCACCAAGGUCCCACUAAGUGCUUCUUGUUUCCAAGCUGAGAGGAGCCAUGGUCGUCUUCGCCUCUGCUUUUGGACUGACCCUGAAGAUGAUGAAAAUGAUGAGUUUGAAGAAGACUUUGAAACUGAACUGAAUGGAGGAAAACAUGAAGAAGAUGAAGAGGUAGAAGAAGAUGCUGAGAAUGAGAACAUAGAUAACAGUUGGAGUAUUGGGGGUGACAUAAGAAUGGAAAAGUAUGAAAGGAGCAGAGGUAGGUGCAAAGAAGGUGACCAUGAAAACAAUGAAUUGCUGGUAAACUGGGGGGAACCUCUGAGGGUGGCCCUGGCAUUGGCAACUUCCUAAAGCUCUGAUUUGGAUUCUCUCUCUGUAUCUGUGACAAAAAAUUUAGAAUUUUUUGUGUUUGUCCUUUUCUCAGUUUCCCUUUUGGGUAUUUUUUUCCCCAAUGAAGAAUUUGUAUGUUUUUCCCAUAAAACAUGCUGUGGUCGGUAGUUAAUAUCGUUAUUCUCUCUGUUUCACGCAUACCGACACAUGGAGUGGGAUAUGUAGUGCAGUAUCGAUAUGAAACUUGUACUGAAAUCCUAUAUCCUCAUUGGGGUUGUCAUCAUGUUCCUGUAUGUUCAUAGUAGUUUUGUAAAGGAGUUGUCUAAAAUACUCUAUGUUUAAUUGUUUGCAGAUUUUAGAUUUCAAUACAACUUUUCAUUAUUAGCAUACAAUAAAA